CUCAUUUGAUUAACGGUAAUGAUGCAAAUGCUAGUGUAUUUACAGAGAGAGCAAAUCAGGCAGAAAUACCCGGAUGUGCUGUUCUAAUAUGCCCCUCCCCCCUCCGCUCGGCUCGCUCCCUCCCUCUCUUUCUCUCUCCACCACCACCACCAACUCAACCCACUGCCUCUUCCCCCUCCGCUGCGGACCUACCGAAGCCACUGCAGUCAAUCCGUCAUCCGUCGACUGAAAGCCCGAGGACAAAAUCCGAGCGACGCGCUACUGCGACUUCCUCGCCCAGAAAAAUAACCGUCACCGAGAGCGCCCGCUCAGUUCCGCGAGAUUCUGCGCAAGGCGAAGACAACCCCGGCGACAGAAUGGGAAAUGAGGCAAGUUAUCCUUUGGAGAUGUGCUCACACUUUGAUGCUGAUGAGAUUAAAAGACUAGGAAAGCGGUUUAAGAAACUCGACCUGGAUAACUCGGGUUCUCUCAGCGUGGAGGAGUUUAUGUCUCUACCCGAGUUGCAGCAGAACCCGCUGGUGCAGCGAGUCAUCGAUAUAUUCGACACAGACGGAAAUGGAGAAGUGGAUUUUAAAGAGUUCAUUGAAGGCGUCUCUCAGUUCAGCGUCAAGGGCGACAAGGAGCAGAAGCUCCGCUUUGCGUUCAGGAUUUAUGACAUGGAUAAGGAUGGCUACAUAUCCAACGGUGAGCUGUUCCAGGUGCUGAAGAUGAUGGUAGGGAAUAACCUGAAGGACACCCAGCUGCAGCAGAUCGUCGACAAAACCAUCAUCAACGCAGACAAGGAUGGGGACGGGAGGAUAUCUUUCGAGGAGUUCUGCAUUGUGGUUGGUGGCUUAGACAUUCACAAAAAGAUGGUGGUGGACGUGUGAAAAGAUGGAACAGGCCCUUCACUGAACACCCUCUUUUCACUUCUCCAUUUCUGAGAAUCAGCUCCAGAUGUUCCGCUAACACGCUCUCUCUCUCUCUCUCUCUGUCUGUCGCUCUUUUUCUUGCUCUCUCUCUUUCUAUGGAAGUAUUUCUCUGAAUGAUGCCUCUGUUCUCCGUCUGUACUCCCUGAGCCUUGUGACGCCUGCCAUCCUAAGUGUUAUAGAGCAUGAGAUUCUUCUGUCCACAUUCUCGGGUAUUUAAGGACAGUCAGAGAGACGAUUUCUCUAUCGAUUACCGAGCGACUCAGUGUGGUGGAGAAGGAAGAGAGGAGGGUGUGUGUGUGAGCGUGUGUGUGUGUGUAUGCAUGUUCUUUAUUUUUCUUUUUGAAGGGGGGAUUUUUGUAUUUAUUUUGGUCCUGUCUUUUUUUAAAGAUGAUCUAGGUCUACAGGGAAUAUGUGUAUGUGAGCGAUAUAUAUGACUUGACACUUGAUUUCAAUACAACACUCUUCAAGCAUGAAGUGCCAAUCGAAACAUAGGCCUAUACGUGGGAUUUAACAAUAGCUGAAUAUUGGAAUCGCUAUCUGAUGUUCUUCAUGUCAUGGGGAGAUUAAAAAAAGUUUAUCAUCAAGCUUGUUUUUUUGCUUCCACCUCUUUUGAGCAAAUAUCUGCUUCAGAUCUCAUGCAAAAUGCAAAUCCGAUUUGAAUGUUUUUACCGAAAAUGUGUGAGUGUAUGUAACGUGUGCGGUGUUAAUAUUGUCAGGGAGUUCAUCUACCGUCUUGCUUUCUCAUAUACAGUAGACUAUAGGAUAAAAAGCAAAUAUAUUUGAAGUUGUGCACAUAUAUGCAUAUGGUUUACUUUUAAGACCGGUGUUUUAUCGCACGAGCCGGGUGGGAAGGGACGAUCAGAUCACACCACGUUACUGUAGGAUGGAACAGUGCCAUCAGUAAAACUUCUGGACAUUUUUAUGCGUGUAUUCUGGAUUUAUUAUCAUUUUAACACCGCAAACGAGUAAUUUUGAUUUACCUCUCGACAUUGUAGUUACAUAUGAGGAUACAGUGCAUAUUGUGGCAAACUGAAUCCACAAUAACACCUGAUUUGAAUAUUUGUGUGUGGAAAUUUACGGUUAAUUUUUUCCAACUUGACUGCAGGCAGCAUUGUAAAGACCUAAGUAGCUUAUAUUUGUAUAUUAGGGAUUGAAGGACAGAUUGUGUGUUUUGUGGGUUCGGGGUUUUCUAAGCUUUAAUCGAGUUGGUUCGCAAAAUCAGAUCUGACUGACUGAUCAGUUUCUCUUUUCCUUCGUCAUUUCAAAGAUUCGAUUGUUCAAAAAGGAGAGACCAAACCGGACGCUUUCAGUGGGGAUGAAUAAACUCGAAGCGUUCGGUCACUCCGCUGUUUUGCUUUAAAUGUGAUUCUCCCGCGCAAACCGGCGUUUCGCGCCAGUUGCUGCACGGUGACUACGCUUAAAUAUGUCUUUCCCGAAGACCGUCGAGGUCUUGUGAUGUGCUUGCAUGAUACGGGAGGGUUUCCCUCUCUCUUUUUUUCUGUUGUGCAUGUAGAUAUGAUUUUUGGGGGGUUAAGAUUCUCUUGUUUACAUAUGAAUCAUACUAUUGAGAUAUUAUAAUCAGAAUGACAGUUACAUAUAAAUAUAUGGACGUUGCCAAACUUUUGGUAAAUGUUUAAAUAUGGAAACGAUUUUAAAGCGAGUUUCUUCACUACAUUUAUCCAUAAAUAUUAUUAUUAUUAUUAUUAUGAAAAUUAACAAAUAAAAAUGUGAGUUAUUCUGGAUUGGUGUCCGUCACUCCCAUCGAAGAUUUUUUUUUCUUUCCUCUUUAAAAAAAAAGA